AUGUCUCCCACCGGCCCAUCACCAGUUGAGCUUUGUCUUCAUCCCUCAGGAUGGAGAUCUGCCCCAGAGUCGGAGCGAUAUCCCCUCUCCCUCAUGGGUCACGUCAUGCCCAAGAUCUACGUCGCUGUUGCCGAAGUUUUUACUCUCCCAGAAGGCACCAACAUUGAGGCGACAGUUCGCAACAUGACCGCUGGACUGGAGUUUACGUUAUCCCAGUUCCCAAUCCUUAGUGGUAUUCUGGAGAUGAACGCUGCUACUGGGACUAUGUGGGUUGCUAAGAAGCGAGACUCGACAGCCAGCUUGCACGUCAAGCAUAUGCUGGGCGAGGACGAGUUCCCUAGUUAUAAAGAGCUGGCCGAAAAACAUUUCCCAGCGAGUGCCCUCAAAGGCGGCCAGCUGCUCCCCGAAUUUGUCACAGCCAAACCACUUCACUCUCCUCUUGGCGACAACAAUGAGGAGGGAAUCGCUGUUGCUGCCUUCCAACUCAACUUCAUCCGAGAUGGUCUCAUCAUUGCCCUGGCCAUCCAUCACUCUGUGUCCGAUGGGCCAGGAUGCGAUGGAUUCUUGACCACCUGGGCAGAAAACACGGUUGCUGCAGCAAAGGGUACUCCGUUCAUUCCUACAAAGCACAAAUUCAGCAUCCAUGGGACCCCACUUGACAUUGAACGCCCAUCGAUGGCUCGAGUUGAGGAACUUGACAAGAUGCUCCCCGUUGUGCGAGAUGCGGGCGGCCCGAUGCAACCUCCUCCUGCCGGCUUCGUGAUGCCUACCUUGGUUGCCCAGAUGUGGCACUUUCCCAAGAGCAAGGUUGACUUACUGAAGUCUAAGGCCUCGAACCAGGAUGGAGGCAGCUGGAUCUCUACCUAUGAUGCGAUAAUGGCUCUGUUGUGGAGCAGCAUCACGCGUGCGAAGCUGGAGAUGUUCAAGCCAGACCCAGAGUCUAAAGCAAUCCUGGUCCACGCCGUAGACACUAGAAAGGUCUGGAGCCCAUCACUGCCCGAUCGCUUCUUGGGUGUUGGUGCUGCCGCCGCACGCUGCGAGCCAUUGGCAGUCAAGGACAUCAUCACAGGGAACCUGUCCCAACUUGCAGCGUCGGUGCGAGGAUCCAUCAACGCCAUCACUCCAGAGUAUCUUUCGAACCUGCUUGAAUGGGUAGCCGGUCAUGAGGAUCAGCGAUUCCUCGAGACCAGCAUCAACUCCUUCCUCGGCAUUGAUCUCGGCGCGUCUAGCUGGCAGGGCAUGACUACGUACGAGGCGCAUGACUUUGGAUUUGGACUUCCCAAGGCGUUGAGAUGGCCAAACCCAGGUUUUGAAGGCUUUGUGCUGCUGUAUCCCAGCCGAGCGGGAUCUGUUGAUGCCGCUGAGGAUGAAGGUAUUGAGGUGUGUGUAUGCUUGGAGGAGAGUUGCCACAAGAGGUUGUUGGAGGAUGAAGUGCUGUUGGAGUAUGCUCAGCCAAGGGGCGACUAG